UUUAAGUUUCUUUAAUAAAGCCCAUACAAAGAUAGCAGAGUCAAUUUAGUUCGAGCUUCAAGAGUUCUUAUAGAAGUUCCAAUAAGAACUCUGUAAUGGGAAGACAUACUAUGCUUCAGGAAACAAAAUGACAAGAAAAAUGCAUGGUGAUGCUCUCCUUUUCUUCUCUCUUCUUGUUCUCUCUGAUGCAAUGCCUUCAGGGAAGGUUGGGGUGAACUAUGGCCUGCUUGGGAACAACUUGCCAUCUGCAGGUCAAUCCAUAGAAUCUCUCAGAGCCAUGAAAGCUGGCAGUGUAAAGCUCUAUGAUGCCAACCCUGAAAUCCUGAGACUCUUAGCGGGAACUGAUAUCCGGGUCUCCAUUAUGGUUCCCAAUUAUGAAAUCAUCAGCAUAGCCACCAACCAGACCUCCGCCAACAAAUGGGUCGAAGACAAUGUCCUCGCUUACCACCCUGAAACCAUGAUCCGUACCAUUCUUGUUGGCAAUGAAGUUCUCAGCUAUUGUUCAGAUGAAGGAAAACGGAUUUGGAAUCAUCUUGUGCUUGCAAUGCGUAGAAUCAAGAUCUCUCUCAGAGCUCAGGAUAUUCGUAACAUCAAAGUAGGCACUCCGCUAGCCAUGGACGUGCUGCAGACAGCUUUUCCACCAUCCACUGGGAUUUUUCGGUCUGAUAUCUCAACUACCGUGAUGGUGCCCUUGCUAAAAUUCUUAAACAGCACCAAGUCAUUUUUCUUCAUUGACGUCUACCCUUAUUUCCCUUGGUCUGCAAAUCCCAUCAAUAUAAACCUCGAUUUUGCGUUGUUUCAAUCAAAUAUCAAAUACACUGACCCCGGUAGUGGCUUGGUCUACACCAACCUCCUAGACCAAAUGCUUGACUCCCUUGUUUUUGCCAUGGCCAAACUUGGAUUUCACAGUAUCCGGCUUUCGAUAGCUGAAACUGGCUGGCCUAAUGCAGGCGAUAUCGGUGAAACUGGUGCUAGCAUUUACAACGCAGCUACUUACAAUCGGAAUCUUGUUACAAAGAUGACUGGUCGGCCCCAAAUCGGCACCCCAGCUAGACCAGGUUUGUUCAUACCAGCAUUUAUCUUUUCCUUGUACGAUGAGAACCAAAAGACUGGCCCCGGAACAGAGCGGCACUGGGGCUUGUUGCAUCCAAAUGGGACAUCAAUAUAUCAAAUUGAUUUGACAGGGAAGAGAGCAUCAUCAGACUAUGAACCGCUACCUGCAACACAAAAUGACAUGCCCUACGAAGGCAAAUCAUGGUGCGUAGCAGCACCGGACGUCAAUCUGACAGAGUUGGAAAGAGCAUUAAAUUUUGCAUGCAGUAAAGGAAACGGGACCUGUGAAGCCUUGACCCCAGGGAAGGAAUGUUAUGAGCCAUUGUCAGUAAUUUGGCAUGCCAGUUUUGCAUUUAGCUCGUAUUGGGCUAAGUUCAGGAGCCAGGGUGCCAAUUGCUACUUCAAUGGACUUGCUGUGCAGACCACCAGGAAUCCAAGUCGAGGAUUAUGCCAGUUCCCCAGUGUGACUAUUUGAAGACAAUUGAAGCCUCUGUAAGCAGCACACGGACAUGAAUCUCAAUCAAUCAAGUCUUGUUUCAGAACUUUCUGUUUUAGCUGAAACCAGACAUAGGCCCGAGGCGUCUUAUUUCAUAUUUGUUCUUUUUUAAAAAAAAUUAAUGUCUAUGUGAUGCAGUAAC